AUGCCUUCUCAAGGACUAUUCCUGAUUUUUCCUCUGUUGUUUCUCUGCUUCUUCAGGGAGAUCUUCUGCAUUUGUGAUGGUACUACCUGGAGAAAGGUUGGAUGGGAAAUUUUUCCAGAAGAAAUGCAUUAUUUGAAAGUUAAGCCCUCUCCAUCUCACUGUCUACCUUACCCUCUGGACAAACUAUGCUACAAUUUUGCUAGUAUGGAUAUAUUUCAGAGUUGUUUACAUCUUAUUUAUAUUUUAGUACAAGCUCUCUUUUUAAUCCUGUCUGUUUUCUCUGCUCAUUACCUGUGGGUGAAAUGGAAGAAACACCAAAAAAAGCUGAAGAAACAAGCCUCCUUAGAUACAGCUGGUAAUGAUCUAGAAAGCCAGCCCAUCUAUAACUGCAGACUGGCGGCCACAACAUCAAUGAUUAUCACCAAGUACCUGAAUCAAGUGUCCCAUCAUCCUCCAGCUAAGAAAGUCAAGCACCAAAAACUAAAGGGGAAGAAGAGUGAAGGAGAAGGAGCCAGAAGAUACUAG